AUGGACCAAGACAUCCCAGCUAAGCCCAGAGCACAAAAGGUCACCAGCCUGAGAUCAAGAUGGAAAAUACUCCUCCUCGUGCUCUGCCUGCUCCAAGGUUUGUCCAUGACCCCUCCACAUAGAGGGCCCCAUUCCAGAUGGCUGCAGGAUCACUCUCCUCAUUCCAGGACCCAUCUCUACACUUCAGAAGCACACACAGCUUCCACGCCCCCGGGCUGCUGGAAGAACUCCUUUACAGAUGCAAAUGCAUUGAAAGGCCCAAGGCUGGCAUCUGGGGAGACAGGAGGAGCUGUCACCAUCCUUUGCCAUUAUGCUCCCUCCUCAGUCAACAGGCAUCAAAGGAAAUACUGGUGCCGCCUAAGGCCUCCUCUGCGGGCCUGCAACACCAUCGUGUCCACGAACCACUACACUCACCACGACUACCGCGGGCGCGUGGCUCUCACUGACUUUCCACAGAGUGCUUUGUUCAUGGUGAGGCUGUUCCAUCUGUCCCUAGAUGACAUGGGACUUUAUCGCUGCGGCAUAGGAGACCGGAACGACAUGCUAUUCUUCAGUAUGAACCUGAUUGUGUCCACAGGUCCUUCAAACAGCACCUAUGCUGCAGCUCCAGCUUCUGGUGAGCCCAUCACAGCAUCUCCUAGAAUAGCAUCUACAGUAGCCAAUAGGUGGACCUCAGGAGUCACCCAGAUUCCAGCAGGCCGAGGCUCAAAACGGGACAGGACAGCUCCAACUACAGGUAUAAUCAAAACUACACAUUCAGCCAGUGGAGGACAAACCCCAAGAAGAGCCAGGACAACGGUUUCAGAAACAAGCAGCAGAGAGGAAGGCUCUGUCAAGGUAACAGGCCCUACUCCAGAGAGUCCCGCUCCCAAAUCAAGACGCAUGUUCAGCACAACACAGGGUGUUUGGAUAUGGGACUCCAGAAACUCAGUGAUGACUAGCACUAGCAGUGAGGGUAUAAGGAAAGGCACAACCCCAGAGGCUGACGGGCUCCAGGGGGAAACAGGGGUCGGUGCAUCUCUAAACAAACCCAGGACGACCACAGGAACCACAAGGCCAUCAGUCCUGCUCUCAGAACCUGUGACCUGGGAAACUCUCCAAAAACAUAGAGAGGCUUCUAAGCAACAAACGCUGUACUCCAUGAUGGAGCCAUCCCCAGCUCCAAGCUCCUGGACCUUGAACACUACACAUAUGGAAGUGGAAUCUUGGGGAGCGAGCACUGGUGGGGGACCAGAAAAUACUGCUGAAGAGCGUAGCCCCUCAACAGAAAGCCAACUUUCAGCAGUAGGCUCUAUGUGGGUCCCUGGCAAGGGGUCAUCCAUGAAGAGUGCCUUUACAGAAGAAGAAAGCAACUCCUGGAUUCUGACUCCAAUCUUGACUGCGCUGGCCCUGGUUCUGCUUGCAGCUCUGGUCCUAUUGAAAAGGAGACUCUGGAGAGAAAGGACCUCUCAGGAUGCAGAAAGGGUACCAAGGAUCACUCUUAUUCAAAUGACACAUUUUCUACCAGACAAGCUCCCUGAUGUGGGAAAGACCUUGUGUCAGGAUGAUCUUCCUCCUACCCAAGCCAGCCUGACUGUCCUCGAGAAGGACCAAGGACCCUAA